AUGGUCUGCUCUAGGAGAACCAAAACUUUGGUGUCGACAUGCGUAAUUUUGAGUGGCAUGACCAAUAUUGUCUGUCUUCUCUACGUCGGCUGGAUCACUAAUUAUGUGGCCAAUGUGAGCACCAAAGUCUCAGAGCCAGAACCGGAGAGAAAGUUUGAAGAUGACAACAAGGGAGAAACUCUGAAGAUUAUAGAGCGACUGGACCGACUGGAAAAUGUGGUCAACCAACACAUCCAAGAGGUGCCCCAGAAGGGUAGUGAUGAAAAAGUAGGGGAGUCCCUCUCAGACUCCUCCCUGUUUGUCCGCUGGGGUCAUGACCUUGGUCCUGAGAGUCGUCGUGUGGCGCUGCAGAAGUUCCAGUACUACGGCUACAACGGUUACCUCAGUGACCGCCUCUCUCUGGCCAGACCCAUCCCAGACCUCAGACCUGAUGGGUGCAGAAACAUGUCGUACCCCACCAAUCUCCCACAAGUAAGUAUCAUAUUUAUCUUUGUGAAUGAGGCCCUGUCGGUCAUCCUGCGCUCCAUCCACACAGCCAUGAACAGGACUCCCUCCCACCUCCUCAAGGAGAUCAUCCUGGUCGACGACAACAGCAACAAUGCUGAGCUGAAGGAGAACCUGCAGAACUUUGUGAAGGAAACCAACUCCCAGCGGCCAGACUUCAUCAAGGUGGUCCGCCACGACAAGCAGGAGGGGCUGAUCCGCUCCAGGGUCAGUGGGUGGAGGGCCGCCAGCGCCCCUGUCGUUGCCCUAUUCGAUGCCCACGUGGAGUUCAACAUUGGAUGGGCCGAGCCCAUUCUUCUCAGGAUCAAGGAAGACAGAACGCGCAUCGUCUCGCCGUCGUUUGACAACAUCAAAUAUGACACGUUUGAGAUCGAGGAGUAUCCGCUGUCUGCUCAGGGCUUCGACUGGGAGCUGUGGUGUCGCUACCUGAACCCACCCAAAGCCUGGUGGACCCAGUACAACCACACCGCCCCUAUCAGGAGCCCAGCUCUUAUUGGCUGUUUUGUGGUGGACAGGAAGUACUUUGAGGAGAUUGGCCUAUUGGAUGAGGGAAUGGAGGUCUAUGGUGGAGAGAAUGUGGAGCUUGGCAUCAGGGUAUGGCAGUGUGGAGGCAGUGUGGAGGUCCUGCCCUGUUCUCGGAUAGCCCAUAUCGAGCGUGCUCACAAGCCCUACACUCAAGAUCUGACUGCUCAUGUGCGACGGAAUGCGCUGAGGGUGGCUGAGGUGUGGAUGGACGAGUACAAGAACCACGUUUACAUGGCCUGGAACAUUCCUCCACAGGACUCAGGGAUUGACAUAGGGGACCUCACGGAGAGGAAGGCUUUGAGGAGCAGACUGCAGUGUAAAUCUUUCAGCUGGUUCUUGGCCAACAUCUACUCAGAGAUGAGAACCUACAGUGACACUGUUGCUUAUGGAGUGUUAAAGAACAUGCUGAGGAGUGACCUGUGUCUAGACCAGGGGCCUGGCUCAGACAACAUCCCCAUCCUGUACCUCUGUCACGGGAUGACACCACAGAACGUGUACUACACAAACUCACAUCAGCUUCACCUGGGGGUCUUGAGCCCCACCAUCGACGACGAUGACAACAAGUGCCUGGUGGAUGUGAACAACCGGCCGCGGCUCCUGGAGUGCAGCUACGCCACAGCCAAGCGCAUGAAGCUCGCCUGGCUGUUUACUCAGGGAGGCUCCAUAGAAAACAUGAAUUCCAAACGUUGCCUGGAGCUGGUAGAGAACGGAGAAAUGGAGUUUGGCUACCAGCUGGCCAUACAGAAGUGCUCUGGUCAGAAAUGGACAAUCACCAACCUACUGUCAACCUACACUCUCCAAUGA